CAGCUGAAGCAUAAUCAUGUGCCAGAGGGAGACAGUAAUCAAAAAAGCGAGUGCUGCCUCGUUCACACUCGCUAGUCCUAUACGUGUUGCCUUUCACUCGCGAGCACGCACAGCACGGCAUCGCCGUACACCAGUUGCAUACACCGUGGAGCGAUGCUCGUGUGGAAAGGUUUUACGUGGCAAAGUAGAGUCCCUCGCGGGACGAUCGUGCUUUAUGUGCUAGUGUUUUGCCAAUUGUACUCACUUGUUGGGACGCAACAGCAGCCUCCACCGCAGCAACAACAACACCAGCAACAUCAGCCACAACAGCAACAUCCGCCACCGCAGCAGCAGCAGCAGCAUCAGCAGCCGCCACCGCAGCAACAGCACCAACAGCCACCGCCACCACAACAGUAUCAGCAACAACAUCAGCCUCAUCAGCAGCAACAGCAACUACCGUCACAGCAAUUCCAGCAACAGCAGCAACCGCCGCCACAGCAAUUUCAGCAGCAGCAACCGCCGCCACAGCAAUUCCAACAGCAACAACCGCCUCCUCAGCAACAAUUCCAGCAACAUCCGCCUCCUCAGCAACAAUUCCAGCAACAUCCGCCUCCACAGCAACAAUUCCAGCAACCACCACCGGGUGUCCACGACGUCGGUGGUCAGCAUCCACCACCGGUCCAACACCAUCCAGCAAUAGCACUGCAGGACAUCCCCGAACACGAUCGACCAUGGUACGAAUCGCUACCAGCUGUUGCCAUGGACUACAAGGUGCACAUCGAUGCUGGCAAGGAAGAUUGCUACUUCCAGUACGUCCAGCAGGGCAGCACACUCUAUGUAAGCUUCCACGUUAUUCGCGGAGGUGACGGAAUGGCCGGUUUCGCGGUCCGCAAUCCUCGUGGUGAAAUUGUCCACCCAUACCAGUGGCAAGCAUCCAGCGAUUACACGGAUGGAGCCGCCAUGGGAGGUUUCUAUGCCGUGUGCAUCGAUAAUCAGUUCUCGCGAUUCGCCAGCAAGCUGGUCAAUCUGUACAUUACCGUCAUCCGGUACGAAGAGUGGGAAAAGUUCACCAAGGAGAUCGAAGAUUUGAAUGUGAACAUGAACAACUUUACGGGCACCAUUUCGACGGUGGAACGGAACUUGAACGCCAUGUUCCAGUAUCAGGCACAUUCCCGUAACAACGAAGCCCGUGAUUAUGCGCUGAUCUUAGACAACAAUGCGUACAUCUGGAAGUGGUCGGUGUUGCAAAUUCUUGUGAUUGUUUUUACCACCUCGGUGCAGGUGUACUUUGUGCGUAAACUAUUCGACAUUAAGACGGGUAGUGGUAAGAGCCGCAUUUAAACAACAAACGAAUUUCCAACGCAACUUACAUGUCAUUCCGGUCGAGACAUUUCGAUGAUACUUACAAAGUAACAGAGUUUCCAACGAAAGAGCUGUGUUUUGGAUUCAGAAUCACGCACACGAAUUUUCCCCGAAAAGGAUGAAUACAUUUUUUCUUCCCCUCCCCAACGUUACUAAAUGCGGCUUCCGUUACAGUAUUGAAGGAUUGUGUCCAUCCCCGUAUCUUCCCGUGAUGACUGAAAGUGAAUACAAUCUGCUUUGUUACAGAAUGGACCAUGUUUUGCUUGUUCCAUAUGUUAUUCAGUUGUGUAAGCAACGCGAGCGAGUAUCAAGAGUUAAUAAAAAGUUUCAUCCGUUUA